UGUGUUUCUGGAAGUAUAUCAUCAUCGACGCCUAUCUUCUUCCCUUCACUCACACACCAAAGCAAGAGAAAAUUACAAGCAACGCUCUACCAUCGUUUUUGUAUUUUCCACCACUUUCAGAUCUGAAUCGCUAUCCGCCAUUGCCAAUCACCAUUUUGCACCGCAGAUCUCGAUCCUCCGCUCCCUCGCUCCCUGCACUCAUUGAUUCCUCAAUAACUCCUUCCACGCGAAUCCCAGGGCUCGCCGAUUUGGAUUCCGUCCUCUCACUCCGCUCUUUCAUGUUCUUCUUCGGUUUCGAAUUCUCUCCCCAUCCGUGUGUAAACAGAUCUUGAAAAUUGGCGCCCCAAAGACGGUCGCAGCGCCACAUGGGUGGCCAGAUGCAGCAGAGCAAUGCCGCCGCCACUGCUCUGUAUGACCACGCCGGCGCCGGAUCCCUGCACUAUGCGGCAGGGCCGGCCACCGAUGCCGGCGAUGCCGUCAUGGCGCGCUGGUUACAAUCCGCCGGCUUGCAGCAUCUGGCCUCUCCAUUGGCUUCCACUGCCAUCGAUCAACGUCUCCUCCCCAACCUUCUUAUGCAGGGUUAUGGAGCACAGUCCGCAGAAGAAAAACAGAGGCUUUUUAAGUUAAUGAGAAACCUCAAUUUUAAUGGGGAAUCUGGUUCUGAGCCAUAUACGCCCACUUCCCAAAAUUUAGGUGGAGUGGCUGUAUCAGAUGGGUUUUAUUCUCCAGACUUCAGGGGAGAUUUUGGGGCUGGGCUUUUGGAUCUUCAUGCCAUGGAUGAUACAGAGCUUUUGUCUGAGCAUGUUAUUUCAGAACCAUUUGAGCCAUCACCCUUUAUGCCUGGAGGCAGUAGAGGUUUUGAAGAUGACUUCAAUCCAAUUAACAGAAAGCAGGAAAGAGGAGAAGCAGAUUCUGAUGCGUCACUUUUCUUACCUACAAAUGAAAAAGACAAUACAAGAGAAAAUAAUGUUGCUAAGAUUAAAGUUGUGGUACGCAAAAGACCUUUAAAUAAGAAGGAGCUUGCUAAGAAGGAAGAUGAUAUUGUAACUGUAUAUGACAAUGCAUAUUUGACGGUCCAUGAACCCAAACUAAAGGUUGAUUUGACAGCUUAUGUGGAGAAACAUGAGUUUUGUUUUGAUGCUGUUCUUGACGAGAAUGUUACCAAUGAUGAAGUAUAUCGAGUUACUGUAGAACCAAUUAUUCCUACAAUUUUUGAGAAAACUAAAGCUACUUGUUUUGCUUAUGGUCAGACAGGAAGUGGCAAAACAUACACAAUGCAACCAUUGCCGCUCAGAGCUGCAGAAGACCUUGUUAGACAGUUGCAUCGACCAGUAUAUCGAAAUCAGAGAUUUAAAUUGUGGCUUAGCUACUUUGAGAUAUAUGGUGGAAAACUUUUUGAUCUUCUUAGUGACAGAAAAAAACUCUGCAUGAGAGAAGAUGGACGGCAGCAAGUGUGUAUUGUAGGACUGCAAGAAUUUGAAGUUUCUGAUGUACAGAUUGUCAAAGAAUUCAUUGAAAAGGGGAAUGCAGCAAGAAGUACAGGGUCAACCGGUGCGAAUGAGGAGUCCUCCAGGUCACAUGCUAUCUUACAACUGGUUGUAAAGAGGCACAAUGAGGUAAAAGAGAGCAGGCGGAAAAAUAAUGAUGUAAAUGAGGCAAAAAGUGGGAAGGUUGUGGGGAAGAUUUCUUUUAUUGAUCUUGCUGGAAGCGAAAGAGGUGCUGAUACUACUGACAAUGAUCGUCAGACAAGGAUUGAAGGUGCUGAAAUCAAUAAGAGCCUUUUGGCUUUGAAGGAAUGCAUUCGUGCUUUGGACAAUGAUCAGAUCCAUAUUCCUUUUCGUGGAAGCAAGCUUACAGAAGUGCUCCGUGACUCCUUUGUUGGAAAUUCGAAAACUGUUAUGAUCUCUUGUAUAUCCCCAAAUGCUGGGUCAUGUGAACACACACUUAAUACCUUGAGAUAUGCAGACCGAGUUAAAAGUCUAUCCAAGAGUGGAAAUCCUAGAAAGGACCAGGCCACAAAUCCAGUACCACCAGCAAUUAAAGAGGUUUCAUCCACAUCUUCACUUCCAGCUAGUGUUGGUGCAGAUGAUUUUAAUGGUCAAUGUCAAGAGGUAAAAACAAUGGACAUGGGCAGGAAAGUUGUCGAAAAGGAAAGUUCUUUGUACAGCUCCGCUGCUGAUGUUGACAAACAAUCAAGUUUUUCUUCUAGUUAUCCAUUCAAUGGGCGAGAGGAAAAAAGCUCAACUUCUGCCCCAAUAGACAGGGAAAGGUUUGAAGUAAAGAAUUCUUACGGUGGUGAUUCUACCAGUCAAAAGAUGAACUCUUAUUCCAUAGAUGUUACAAAUGAGAAAGUGCAAAGGGUGUCUCCCCCACGCAGAAAAGGGACUAAGGAGGAGAAAUCUGAAAGAUCUGUAAAUUGGGUAAAACGGGAUGCCAAUGGUUCUGAUCAUUCCACUGCAAGCUCCAAGCAGCAGAGCACAGGAAAUUAUAGCAUUACCACUGGAUCGGGGCAGUCUGAAACAGAAUCCUCUUCUGAUGUGAAUAUCAGUGCAAUACUUGAGGAGGAAGAAGCACUAAUUGCUGCUCAUAGGAAGGAAAUUGAAGACACAAUGGAGAUUGUUCGUGAAGAAAUGAAACUACUGGCAGAAGUGGACCAGCCAGGAAGUCUUAUUGACAACUACGUAACCCAGUUGAGUUUCGUGCUUUCUCGCAAAGCAGCUAGUCUCGUUAGUCUCCAAGCACGCCUUGCAAGAUUCCAACAUCGACUAAAAGAACAAGAGAUACUAAGUAGAAAAAGAGUGCCCCGUUGAGAGGCUCGAUUUCUCUUGUUCAGUGAUGAUGUGUAUGUUCUUGAUGUAAUAUCUCCGUGCUUGUUAGCAAUAUAGUUUUAAAGGCUUUUGUUCAUUUUAUUAAAAAAAAAAAGGAUCUUUUGUUGGGUAUUCAAAUUAAAUUUACUCAAAUGUAUAUUUGUCCCUCGUGUGAUAUUGUGUCCACCUUAAUGCCCUUGCAAAUUGGAUUUAAGUGUAAAUUAUUUUUUAUUCCGCCA